AUGGGGGACAUCGCAGAUGAGAAGCAAAAGCAAGAAGAGCAGCAACCAAUUCCUCUGCUCACUCCUUAUCAAAUGGGCAAGUUCCAGUUAUCUCACCGAAUUGUUCUCGCACCACUGACACGGCAACGGUCUUAUGGUAAUGUACCGCAGCCACAUGCAAUUUUAUAUUACUCUCAGAGAACCACAAAAGGUGGCCUUCUUAUCGCUGAAGCCACUGGGGUUAAUAACACAGCACAAGGUUACCCUGAGACUCCUGGUAUAUGGACAAAGGAGCAAAUUGAGGCUUGGAAACCCAUUGUUGAUGCAGUUCAUGCCAAAGGUGGCAUCUUCUUUUGCCAGAUUUGGCAUGUGGGAAGAGUUUCGAAUUACAGUUUUCAGCCCAAUGAACAGGCUCCAAUCUCAUCUACAGACAAAGGAUUAGUUCCCAAAGUUCGAGCAAAUGGUAUUGAUGUGGCUGAAUUUGCACCACCACGCCGUUUGAAAACUGAAGAAAUUCCUGAGAUCGUUAAUGACUUUAAGCAAGCCGCUAUUAAUGCAAUUGAAGCUGGUUUUGAUGGCGUUGAGAUCCACGGGGCUCAUGGUUAUCUGAUUGAACAGUUCUUGAAAGAUCAAGUGAAUGACCGUACGGACAAGUAUGGAGGCUCUUUGGAAAACCGUUGCAGAUUUGCUCUGGAAAUAGUUGAUGCAGUUUCUAAUGCUAUUGGAGCUGAUAGGGUUGGGAUAAGGCUCUCCCCUUUUGCCAACUACUGUGAAGCAGGGGAUUCAAAUCCUUUGGCCUUGGGUCUUUACAUGGUUGAAGCCUUGAAUAAGUAUGGACUUGCUUAUUGCCACAUGGUCGAGCCAAGGAUGAUAACUGUUGGCGAAAAGGUUGAAUGCGCCGAUAGCCUUUUGCCAUUCAGAAAGGCAUACAAGGGUACUUUUAUGGUUGCUGGUGGUUAUGACAGGGAAGACGGCAACAGAGCCGUGGCUGAAAAUCGUGCUGACCUUGUUGCAUACGGAAGAAUAUUCCUGGCGAAUCCUGAUUUGCCUAAGCGAUUUGAGUUGAAUGCUCCUCUCAACAAGUACAACAGGGAAACUUUUUAUAUCCUAGAUCCUGUCAUUGGCUACACUGACUAUCCGUUUCUGGAAGCAACUUCAUGA